AUGAAGCAAAACCCUUUUUUACAAAAAAAAGCAGCAAUUCUUGAGUCAAUCAAGGAGAACUCUCCUGAUUCGCCCGAUGCUUCGCCCAAAGGAACCAUCGAUAUCCUUUGUAUGCCGAUCAUCAACCUCAUCAACUCCAGUCCCAACAUGGUCACCACCUCCACUUGCUCAGGAAGGGUCAGUGUGUUCCUAGAAGGUUCCAAAAUCGUUUCUGAAUCAUCGAAUGUCAAAGCUGGAGGAAAAGGCGAAGGAGGGAAAUGGUUAUUUGUCACCCAUGACGUUAAUGAACUAGACGGAUGGGACGAUGAAUUUUUACAAAACGACGUUCACCAACUACGAGAUCCCGAAGCAGUGACUAAUGCUGGAAAUGAUAUUGCUACAAGAUACUUGCUUUUUAAGUUUGAACCGUUGAUCUUACACGUUUUAUGUGCCGAUUACCCAACGGCAUGUGAGUUGUAUUCGACCGCCAUGGGAUGUGGGUUUAGAGAAUCGGGGAUUGGGAAAAACAAUAAUGUUGCUAUCAGAGUAUCGAUCAGAUUAGAUGUACCUAUUGGGUACCUCGAUGAAAAAACCGGGGAGAUCAAUGUAUUUGUUGAGCAAUAUGUUUUAAAAGUGUUAACCCAGAUGUCUCGAGACAAAUUCCAUCAAAACACAAAGAAGUUACAAGAAUUACACGAAAGUAUUGAAAAGAUGAUGUCAAUGAUGCUGCUGAAACCUGAUAAGAAACAAGAAACCAAGGAAGAACGAAGACACAGAAAGAUUCAAGAAGGGAUGGCGAGACGAGAUGCGGUGCUCCAGCAGAAAGCGUUAGCCAGGAAGAAGAAGUUGGAGGAGGAGGAAAAAGCGAAAGCAGGACAAUUAUCUGAGGUUAUAUAG